AUGCCUUCCAUUGAUGUAAUGAUGCCUCCGGGGCAAGUAGAAGAACCGCAGGAAGAACAACAAGCGCCUCCUCCACCAGUUAUUGGUAUAAUUUAUCCGCCACCCGAAGUAAGGAAUAUUGUUGACAAGACUGCUAGUUUUGUAGCUCGAAAUGGUCCAGAGUUUGAAGCUCGUAUUAGACAGAAUGAGCUGGGGAAUCCCAAGUUCAACUUUUUGAAUUCUGGAGACCCUUACCAUGCUUAUUAUCAACAUAAAGUGAAGGAAAUUAGAGAGGGAAAAGGCCCAGAUGCAUCUGCACCGGUAGGACCUCAAAUACAAAGACCUGGUCUGGCACCAGCUACAGCUGCCAGACAGCAAGAGCUACUCAAAGCUGCUGCUCCUGUUGAACCACCUCCACCAAGAGAUCCGCCACCAGAUUUUGAAUUCAUUGCUGACCCUCCAUCUAUAUCAGCUCUUGAACUAGAUAUUGUGAAACUCACUGCGCAAUUUGUUGCUAGAAACGGCAGACAAUUUCUCACAGACUUGAUGAAAAAGGAGGAACGCAACCAUCAAUUUGAUUUCCUGCGCCCACAACAUUCCCUCUUUCAAUACUUUACUCGUCUUCUAGAGCAAUACACCAAAGUACUGUUGCCACCAAAGGAGCUGGUGUCUAAACUGACCUCUGAGAUUAGAACUGGUGUAUUGGACCAAGCUCGCACCAGGGCAGCAUGGCAUUCACAUCAAGCUAAGCGCAAAGCUGCAGAUGAAGCAAGAAUUGAAAAGGAAAGAUUGGCAUAUGCUUCUAUAGAUUGGCAUGAUUUUGUGGUAGUUGAAACUGUGGAUUACCCAGCUGGGGAGCUAGGAGAGUUUCCUCCGCCUACCACACCAUUAGAAGUGGGAGCGAGAGUCUUAGCCCAGGAACGUGGUGAAGACAUAGCCCAUCAUGAUGAAGACGAUACAGAAAUGCAGAUUGAAUCCGAGUCUGAUUCCGAAUCUGAUGAUGAUUUGGCCGAGAUGGAGGAUCGUACGCAUCAACAGCAGCGCCCUGAUGACAAUCGGGUUCAAGAUAUGGAGGAAGAAAGCUCAUCAUCUGAAGAUGAGAGGCUGCCAGAUACUCAUAGACACACAGACGAGGCGCCAUUGCCACCUAGGCCAGACCGCGUGGUAGUUAAGAAGUAUGAUCCGAAGAGAGCUAGACCGCAACCGGCACCGACCAGUGAGGAAUGGCUUGUUUCGCCGAUCACAGGAGAAAAGAUUCCUGCUAAUAAGGUGGCUGAUCACGUCAGAAUUGGAUUGCUUGAUCCUCGCUGGUUGGAGCAGAGAGAUCGUGCAGCAGCUGAGCGUACAGACAGGGAUGAAGCGCUUGCACCAGGGGCUGCUAUUGAGGAAUCACUUAAACAUCUUGCUGAACGUCGUACCGAUAUUUUCGGAGUGGGUGAUGAAGAAACUGCUAUUGGUAAGAAGAUAGGUGAAGAAGAGAAGAAACGGGACGAGAGAGUCACAUGGGAUGGCCACACUUCCAGUGUGGAGGCGGCUACGAGAGCUGCCCGUGCGCACAUCACGCUAGAGGACCAAAUUCAACAAAUACACAAGGUGAAAGGUCUCCUCCCUGAUGAGGAAAAGGAGAAGAUUGGUCCAAAACCCGUUCCCCAAUCCUCGCGUAUGGCGAGACCAGCCCCACCACCUGCACCGCCUCGCCCUCCCGCUGUACCAGCUCCAGCGCCACCGCAGGUCAUCCUGCAGCCGAUACCUCCACUCAUGGUGAUACCCCCAAUGCCCCGAGCGCCAUUAAUUCCCACACCAGUCGGUGCUCCCUUCGGAUAUGUGCCCAACGUCCCAGUGGGUAACGUCAAUGUCGGUCUCGGCACUGUUCCACUACCUGAAGACGAUGAGCCGGCAUCGAAGCGUGCUAGGACUGAAGAUGUAUUGGAAGCAGAGAGCUCUUGGCUUGCAAAACACCCGGGAAAUGUUACUAUUCAGGUAUCCCUGCCGCAAGCACCAGAAAGAAGCGAGUGGCGCUUGGAUGGUCGACUACUGUCUUUUGGAGUUUCACUUGCAUCCAGCGUCUCUGACCUCAAGCAGAAUCUUCAGAGAGCGACAAACAUGCCUAUCGCUAAGCAGAAAUUGCAUUAUGAGGGUUUGUUCUUCAAGGACACAAAUUCCUUGGCUUACUACAAUGUAUCACCGGGAGCGAUUAUACAGUUGCAAGUCAAGGAGAGAGGUGGACGGAAGAAGUAA